CGUCUCUCGCUUUGGCAUACUUAAGGCCUCAGUUCUCGGCCCCGCUUGGCAGUUCUCUUAAGGUCGGCAGCGGCAGCGGCAGCGAGGUCGGCAGCGGCAGCGAGGUCGGCAGCGGCAGCGAGGUCGGCAGCGGCAGCGAGGUCGGCAGCGGCAGCGAGGUCGGCAGCGGCAGCGAGGUCGGCAGCGGCAGCGAGGUCCGCUGUGCUCUUCCGCGGACUCUGAAUCAUGGCGACCACGGCCACGAUGGCGACCUCGGGCUCGGCGCGAAAGCGGCUGCUCAAAGAGGAAGACAUGACUAAAGUGGAAUUCGAGACCAGCGAGGAGGUGGAUGUGACCCCCACGUUCGACACCAUGGGCCUGCGGGAGGACCUGCUGCGGGGCAUCUACGCUUACGGUUUUGAAAAACCAUCAGCAAUCCAGCAACGAGCAAUCAAGCAGAUCAUCAAAGGGAGAGAUGUCAUCGCACAGUCUCAGUCCGGCACAGGAAAAACAGCCACCUUGAGUAUCUCAGUCCUCCAGUGUUUGGAUAUUCAGCUUCGUGAAACUCAAGCUUUGAUCUUGGCUCCCACAAGAGAGUUGGCUGUGCAGAUCCAGAAGGGGCUGCUUGCUCUCGGUGACUACAUGAAUGUCCAGUGCCAUGCCUGCAUUGGAGGCACCAAUGUUGGCGAGGACAUCAGGAAGCUGGAUUAUGGACAGCAUGUUGUCGCGGGCACUCCAGGGCGUGUUUUUGAUAUGAUUCGUCGCAGAAGGCUAAGGACACGUGCUAUCAAAAUGUUGGUUUUGGAUGAAGCUGAUGAAAUGUUGAAUAAAGGUUUCAAAGAGCAGAUUUACGAUGUAUACAGGUACCUGCCUCCAGCCACACAGGUGGUUCUCAUCAGUGCCACGCUGCCACACGAGAUUCUGGAGAUGACCAACAAGUUCAUGACCGACCCAAUCCGCAUCUUGGUGAAACGUGAUGAAUUGACUCUGGAAGGCAUCAAGCAAUUUUUCGUGGCAGUGGAGAGGGAAGAGUGGAAAUUUGACACUCUGUGUGACCUCUACGACACACUGACCAUCACUCAGGCGGUCAUCUUCUGCAACACCAAAAGAAAGGUGGACUGGCUGACGGAGAAAAUGAGGGAAGCCAACUUCACCGUAUCCUCGAUGCAUGGAGACAUGCCCCAGAAAGAGCGGGAGUCCAUCAUGAAGGAGUUCCGGUCGGGCGCCAGCCGAGUGCUUAUUUCUACAGACGUCUGGGCCAGGGGAUUGGAUGUCCCUCAGGUGUCCCUCAUCAUUAACUACGAUCUCCCCAAUAACAGAGAAUUGUCCAUACACAGAAUUGGGAGAUCAGGUCGAUAUGGCCGGAAGGGUGUGGCCAUUAACUUUGUAAAGAAUGACGACAUCCGCAUCCUCAGAGAUAUCGAGCAGUACUAUUCCACUCAGAUUGAUGAGAUGCCGAUGAACGAGUUUCAUCGUUGAUGAGUUUUGCUCUGCUGCCCAGGCUGAAGAGCAGUGGCACCAUCACAACUCAUUGCAGCCACAACCUCCUGGGCUCAAGCGAUCCUCUCACCUCAGCCUUCUGAGUUAGCUGGGACUACAGGUACAUGCCAGCACAUCUGGCUAAUAUUUAAAUUUUUUGUAGAGACCGGGUCUCACUUUGUGGCCUAGGCUGGUCUGUCACUCAUGGGUUUAAGUGAUUCUCCCAUCUUGGCCUUACAAAGUGCUGGGAUAACAGGUGUGAGCCACCAUGCCUGGCUUCAUUUUUCUAAUUUUUUUGUUUGUUUUUUUGAGAGCCCAGGAUCUCCCUGUCGCCCAGGCAGGAGUAUAGUGGCAGGACCAUGACUUACCACAAUGUUGACAAGCUACAACAGAUAAUUAUCUGUUUAAAUAUUUAAAUUAUUAAAGUAUUUAAGUUAUCUGUUGAAAUAGUUAAAGUAAUUACCUGUAGCUUUAUAGGCACACAGCACCACAGCUGCCCAAUUUUUAAUUUUUUAAAGACAGGGUCUCCCUCUGUUGACCAGGCUGGUCUUAAAGUCCUGACUUCAAGCAGUCCUCCCGCCUCAGCCUCUCAAAGUGCUGGGAUUACACACCGGGCUCUAAUAUUUGAAAUGGAAAUGUUAAAACUGGCCCCUCCCUUCCUGAAAUUAGUUGGGAUGAUAAUCUUAUUUCAGGGUUAGGGUGAGCUUGGAAAUAUUUUUAAAUUUCAUCAGGUGAUUCUACUUGAAGGCAUCUGAAAUUCUAUAGUUUAUGAAUGGAACUUCCUUUCACUGAAACUGUGACUGGACCCUUGCUAGCCAGCUGGUGGCUGGUAGACCAGCUGCAUCAUCAGGAGUUGGUUAGAAAUGCAAGUGCUCCGGCCCUGUCCUGGCUUGCUGAGUGAGAACCUGCAGGUAACAAGACUCCCAGGUGGCACUGCUGGCCGAGCGGGAGGAGCACGAGACUACAGGCCCAGGCAGCUUAAUGAGUUCCUGGCAAGGAGGAACCAGAUACAGGUGUGUUCAGGGCAUUUGCUCAGCAGCAGUGGGGAGUGAUGCCCACCACAGCUCUGGCUAGUGCCAGCCUCAAUGUCCGUAUCUGCAGGCGCCUGAGCUCACUGAGGCUCACCUGGUCUCAUCAGGAGCUGCUGCCAGGCUUGUGUUAGAGGUGAGGAGUGGCUCAGGUUUCCACACAGUCACUCCGGAGGACGGAAGGCCUCCAUUACCAGUAAGAAUGAUUCUAGAUGAAUAAGCACGUGGUGUUACAGUGGAGGAGGCAGCAUUGGUGCCUUGGGGAGGAGAUGGCAGGAGAAGGGGUGGGGCUUAAGCUACCCCACACACUGUCUAGGAAAGGUCAUCCAAAAAGGAAAAAUACAGAACAAGUGUUCAUAAAAAUGUCAAACUGUACUGACAAAUCAGAAAUGGUAUGGGAUUCUCCAAGAUUUAAAAACCACCAGUCCUAAAGGUUGACAAGGAAAGUCUCCAGACUUUCUGGAGAGCAGCCUGGCCCUUGGGCAGUCAGUGAUGAAAAUGCUAUUUCCCUUUGGUGGUGUGUGGUUCUGCUGUAGACAGCUGUCUGGAAUGUGGACUUCUCCAGGAAGUUGAGCGUUGCUCCUGCCUAUACCAGGGAAGGAUGCUAAGUGCUCAUGGAUGGGGGCAUGGUGCGGGACAGGGUGGAACAUUUGCAGUGAUGCUGGGAAGAGAAGGAUACACGAGGUAGAGAACUCACGGAGGUUCUUGGGAGGGUGGUUUGGGGCCAGGAUCCUCCCAGAGUCCAGAUGGAGUCAAGUUCAGGCAGGGGGUCUGCUGAGCCUUGCUAGGGAGGUAUCACUGGGCCUCUGGUCAGGUGGAAAAACUGGCUCUAGAUCCUGAGGGGCUUCCCAAGGUCCCCAGCAACCAAAUCCAGAUGAAAAACCCCUGGGUUAUGUACUUCAUUACAAAAGCAUAAUCUCACUGAAAAAAAACAUAGAAAUGCAUAAUUUGAAAAAGUCAUCCUUAAUCCUCCUACCCAGAUAUAACUCACAAUUUGAUGACUGUCCAUCCAGUAUUUUAAUUUAUCUUGUACAUCUACCUGUACAUAAAGACCUUUUUAACCCAAAAUUGUAACCCACUUUGCCAUUAUUAACUCAGGUUUUUGCUUAGUAAUGUAUCAUAUAUAUUUCACUAUGUUAAAAAAAAAAAAAAAGCUACUUUUCCAGCCUCUAUACCAUGCCUCCUUUGGAAGCAGUUGAAGAUUCAUUAGAAUAAUCUUUUAUUUGUUUAUUUUUUUGAGAUGGAGUUUCGCUCUUGUUGCCCAGGCUGGAGUACAAUGGUGUGAUCUCGGCUCACUGCAACCUCCACCUCCUGGGUUCAAGCGAUUCUCCUGCCUCAGCCUCCUGAGUAGCUGGGAUUACAGGCGCCCACCACCACACCUGGCUAAUUUUUCAUAUUUCUAAUAGAGUUGGGGUUUCACCAUGUUGGCCAGGCUGGUCUCAAAUUCCUGACCUCACGUGAUCCUCCUGCCUUGGUCUCCCAAAGUGCUGGGAUUAGGCAUGAGCCACUGUGCCCACCCAGAAUAAUCUUUAGAAGUGAUUUUCUUGAUCAAGGUACAUGUUUCAAAUUAACGUUGCAGAAAGAUUUUCCACCCAUUUAUACUCCUAAUGGUAUAUUUUCUGGUUUUUUUUUUUUUUUUUUUUUUUGGGUGGUUGAAAUUUAUUCAACAAAUACAUAUAGGAUGCCUUGUCUUAAAGCCAGGCAAUUUUCCUAAAAGAAUAACCACAUAAAAAGGGUUCUAACCAAGAGCUAGAGUGUCCUGACCCUUUGAGGUAUGUCUAAAGUAUAGAAAUAGAAUGGUAAUGUUGAUGCUGUUGGCAUGUUUCUUUGUAGUAAGAUUGUUUAAAAUAAUACAUAGACAUAAAAUGUAUGACGAAAAUAGCACAGCACCGAAGAAAGGAGUCAUGGAAGUAUACUGUCAAGAUUCUUUAUUACUUGAAGGCAGAUUGUGAUGAAUUAAAGAUGCGAAACAUAUAUAAAAGUGUUAAGCAAUUUUUAGGUAUGAACCUUUAAAGCAAUACAAAAAUGUGAAACAGAAAUAAACAGCCAACGUAGGAGACAAAAUAAGAGUUCUAAGGAAUACUUAAUCUAAGAAUCCUGAAAAGGAAGGAAAAGGGAACAGAGAACUUAUGAGAUGGACAAAUACAAAACGGUAGUAGGUUGAAAAUAACCAUGUCAAUAAUUACAUUUAUUGCAGAUUGUCUGUCUCACCUCAAACUAAAAGAAAAGCAAGCUAAACCCAAAGGAAGCAGAAGAAAGGAAAUAAUAAAGAUGAGAGUAGAAAUAAAUGAAUAGAAAAAAAUAGAGAAAAUCAAUAAAACCAACGGUUCAUUCUUUGAAAAGAUCGACAAAAUUGACACAUCUUUAGCAAGUCUAAGGAAAAAUAUGUUCAAAUAACUAAAAUCAAGAAUGAAAGAGGUGAUGGCACAGCUGACUGUACAGAAUACAAAGUAUCAGUGCCAUGGAUUGUUUGCCAACAGAUGAACCUUGAUAAAAUGGAGAAAUUCCUACGACAAACAGAUUAAAUCAGUAAUCAAACUUUCAACAAAGGAAAGCCAAGGCUUGUGAAUCCUGCUAAACUUUUACAGAAUUAUCACCAUCACAAUUUUUUUUUUUUUUUUUUUUUUUUUUUUUUGACGCAGAGUCUCACACUGUUGCCUGGGCUGGUGUGCAGUGGCACAAUCUUGGCUUGCUGCAACCUCCGCCUCCUGGGUUCAAGUGAUUCCCUUGCCUCAGCCUCCCAGUAGCUAGGAUUACAGGUGCCUGCCACCACAUCCGGUUAAUUUUUUGUAUUUUUAGUAGAGACGGCGUUUUACUGGGUUGGCCGGGCUGAUCUCAAACUCCUGAUCUUGUGAUCUGCCCCCGUCAGAUUCCCAAAGUGCUGGAUCACGAAAUCUUUCAAAAAAUAUAAGGCAGAUCAUUUCCCAACUCACCCUGAGGCCAGCAUUACCUGACACCAAAACAAAGCUACCACAAGAAAAAACUAGAUCAAUAUCAUAUGAAUGUAGAUGUAAAAAUCCUCAAAAAACUGGCAAAACAAAUCCAGCAACAUAUAAAAAGGAUUGUACACUGACAAAGUGGGAUCUAUCGCAGGAAUGGAAAGUUGGUUUAAUAUCCAAAAAUCUGUCAAUGUAAUACACCCUAUCAAUAGAAUAAAGGACAAAGUCCACAUGAUGAUUUACAGAUGCAGAAAAAGCAUUGGACAAAAUCCAGCAUCUUUUCAAGAUAGAAAAUAAGAAUGGAAGGGGGCUGCUUCAACCUGAUAAACAGCAUCGAUGAAAAACCACAGCAUUACCCGCUAAGGUUGGGAACAAAACAAGAAUGCUCUUGCCACGUCUAUUCCAACAUUGUACUGGAAGUUACGAGCCAGGACAAUUAAGCAAGAAAAGAAAGAAGGCAUCCAGAUCGGAAAGGAAGCAUCAAAACUCUCUAGUCCCAGAUGACAUGAUUUAUACCUAGAAAAUCUUAAGGAAUUGACACAUUUAAAAAAUCACCUAUCAGAACUUAUAAAUGAGGUCAGCAAGGUUGCAGAAUAUAUGUUCAACAUAGGAAAGCCAGUGUUUCUGUACACUAGCAGUCUGAACAACCUGAAAAUGAAAUUAAGAAAAUAAUUCCAUUUACAAUUGCAUCAAAAAGAGUGAAAUAUGUAGGAAUAAAUUUAACAAAAGAAGGGCUAUACUUGUUCACCGAAAACUACAAAUAGCUUGUUGAAAGGCAUUGCAAACCUAAAUAUACAAAUGUCCCAGGUUCAUGGAUUGGAAGAUAACUUUCCCAAACUGACUGAUAGAGUUAGUUAGGCUUUGUGUCUCCACCCAGAUCUCAUCUUGAAUUGUAAUCCCCCUAAUCCCCACAUGUCAAGGGACAGACAAGGUGGAGGUAAUUGAAUCAUGGGAGCAGUUCCCCCCAUGCUAUUCUUGUGAUAGUGAGUUCUCACAAGGUCUGAUGGUUUUAUAAGGGGCUCUUCCCACUUCACUUGGCACUUCUUGCCACCUUGGGAAAAAGGUUCCUGCUUCGUCUUCGCCUUCCACCAUGAUUGUAAGUUUCCUGAGGUCUCCCCAGCCACACUGAACUGUGAGUCAAUUAAACUUCUUUCCUUUUUAAAGCACCCGGGCUCAGGCAGUUCUUUAUAGCAAUAUGAAAAUGGACUAAUAUACUGCUCUGCAGUGUUUAGGAGAAUGUGGAGAAACUGGAACCCCCAAACAUUGCUAGUGGGAUUGUAAACAGGCACAGCCUUUAUGGAAAACAGCCUGGCAGUUCCUCAAAAUGUUGAACAUAGGAGUUGACCUAGCAAUUCUCCUCCUAGGUCUAUACUCAAGAGAAUUAAAACAAAAAAUCUGCACACAUAAAGCUAAUGUGUUCAUAGCAUUGUUCAUAAGAGCCAAAAAGUGGACACAAGCCAGAUGUUCAUCAGCUGUAAGCAAAACUGGUGAAUCCACACAAUAUUACUUGGCAAUACAAAGACAUGAAGUGCUGACACACUACAACCUGGAUGAACCUCGGCAAUAUGCUAGGUGGAAGAAGGCAGACACAAAAGGCCACGUGUGGUGUGAUUCCAUUUACAUGAAACGUCCUGAACAGGUAGAUCCAUAGAGAGAUUAGCAGGAAACCAUUCACAGUGGUUUCAGGAGCUUGAGGGGGGAGGAGGGGGAUGGGUGAAACGAGGAGUGGCUGAAAAUGAGUAUAGGGUUUCUUUUGAAGGUGAUAAUAAUGUUCUGGAAUUAGAUAAUCGUGAUGGUUGUACAAGUGUACUAAAAACUGAAUUGCAUACUUUAAAAUGGUAAAUGUUAUGGUGUGUGAAUUACAUCUCAGCACAAAUAUCAUGAGGAAUCUCAUGCAUCCCCCUCUAAAAUUACACUUACAAACCAAAAGCACGAGCAAGGGAAAACAAGCAAAUUGCCUACUGCAAAAUUAAAAGACAGAUAUUGUUAGGCUGGACUAUAAAGCCAUACACACCUAUAUACUGUUGCUUAUGAGAAAUAUAAAGACAAAA